UAUUUCCGCCUUGGUCACACUGCACAGAAUGUAUAUGAUGGACGGACGGACACUCCCUUGAGCGGACAAGGAAUUUCCUUAUUUCUGCAUCGUGUUGAGUCAACUACAGCAAAUGAAAGAGUCCCCUGCUGUUCGUCAAUAAACAUGCUAUCGAAACGAGCCAGGAAACAAAAAAAUAGCUUAAAUUUGGAAGAGAAAAUGGAAGUGAUCCGGAUGCACGAGCAAAAUAAAUUAACGGUGCGGGAUCUGGCGAAAAGAUUCAACAUUGGCAAAACUCAAGCUGCUGAAAUUUUGAAACAAAAAGAGGCAAUCAGGGAUGGAUUGACGACCGGAGAACUGAAAAUGAGCCAGAUGCGAAGGAAUCCCCUCAGCCAGCAGGGCGCCCACAUAGACGAGCUGUGCUUCGACUGGUUCUCCAGGGCCAGAGUUGAUAACAUCCUCAUAUCUGGAGAAAUGGUUCGGCAAAAGGCCAAGCAGAUAGCGGACGAGGUGGGCUACGCCGGAUUCUUGGCCUCCUCCGGAUGGCUGCAGAAAUGGCGAAAGCGGCACAACAUCGCCUACAAUGCCACAGGCGACAGCCUGGAUCUCCAGGAGUUUGAGGCCGUUCUGGUCAAGAGCGAACCUAUAUCGAACAGGGACGAUGAUGAUGAUGAUGAUGAGCCUUCGCCCGUGCAGUUGAUAGGCCCCAUCUUUUCAAUUGACGAGGCCAUGAUGCAGUUGGCUCGCCUAAAGGAAUUCGCGAGGGAUGACUAUGUCUCUUACCAGCAGCUGCUCAGCUUGGAGAAUCAGUGGAGCUGGAAGUGGAACAACUUUAAGAAGGAAGUUCCAUGACCUUCGUGAGCCGAUUGUUUUUAAAAAGUAUAUAUAUUUCACUCGAACCUAGUGUUAAAAGUAGUUUAGUAUGUUUCAAAAGUUUUAAUUUUAAUUUUAAUUAAUAACAUCGUUUGUUUUUAAAGGUCUUUUUUUUGGCUCAAACUCAUGGAAGGGACAAACUAAAUACUUUUAUAACAUUAUAUUAAGGACGUUUAUUGCUCGCAAAUAUAUAAAAUACAUGACCCAUAA